ACCAAUUCAAUCAACAAAACAAAAACAUAGAAAUAAAAUUGAAAACAAAAAAAAAAUGAUCUCAAAAUCAAGAACAUCUACUAUCAAUGUUGCUAUCAUAGUAGCAUUAUUCACAGCCAAUGUUGUAUUAUCAGAUGACUUAACUCCAAUUCCUGCUAAUAGAGCCCAAUUAGAUGCAUGGUUUAAUACCAAUGUGGGACCAUUAGCACAAAGAAAAGCAACCCUUGAUCCUUCCUUGGUAGCUGCAGAGGCUGCUCCUAAGGUUAUUACAGUAAUGCAAGAUGGCAAGGGUGAUUUCAAAACCAUCACUGAUGCCAUUAAUAGUAUACCAACUGGAAACAACAAACGUGUGAUUGUGAAAAUUGGUGGUGGAAAUUAUAAUGAGAAAAUUAAAAUUGAGAGGACAAAACCUUUUGUUACAUUGUAUGCAGCACCAGGAACUAUGCCAAAUAUAACCUUUGGUGGCACUGCAGCAAAAUAUGGCACAGUUGAUAGUGCUACAUUGAUUGUUGAAUCAGAUUAUUUUGUAGCUGCUAACAUCAUGCUUUCGAAUUCUGCACCAAGACCUGAUGGAAGAAAGGCAGGAGAACAAGCAGUUGCAUUAAGAAUUUCUGGUGACAGAGCAGCAUUUUAUAAUUGCAAGAUUUUAGGGUUCCAAGAUACAAUUUGUGAUGAUCGGCAUAAUCAUUUUUUCAAAGAUUGCUUAAUUCAAGGCACGGUCGAUUUCAUUUUUGGAAGUGGAACAUCACUAUAUUUGAAAAACGAAUUGAGAGCGCUUGGUGACGCUGGGCCAACAGUGAUAGUAGCACAAGCAAGAAAAAGUGCAUCAGAUGCUGAUUUAUACUCAUUUGUGCAUUGUGAUAUUACUGGAACUGGAACUACUACUUUCUUAGCUAGAGCAUGGAUGACUUAUCCUAAAAUUAUCUAUGCUUACUCAACUAUGACCAAUGUUGUUCAUCCAAAAGGAUGGGAUAAUGGCAUGCACCCUGAAUUUGACAAAACAUCAUACUUUGGAGAAUAUCAAAACACAGGACCAAAAUCAGAUCCGAAAGGGCGUGUAAGUAUCACAAAGCAACUAAGUGAAGCAGAGGUUAAACCUUUCAUUACACUUGGAAUGAUUCAAGGAUCAAAAUGGCUCCUUCCUCCUCCAAAAGUCUAAUUAAUGUAUGUGGCUUCAAGAGUUUUGCCUUGCACCCCACAUUUUAGUGAGUGGUGAAUGAGUAAAAAAAACUUUAGAAAGUUGUAAUUUCUUUGUUGAUUUGUAUUUAAAAUUAUGUCAGAUCCUUCAAGGAAAUAUUGUAUUCAAAUAGAUACAAUAUUUUUAUAUCGAAUGUAAAUAAAAUUGUAAUGAAAUUUUUUGUAUAAUGAUGGAGAAGUUAGCUUAG